AUGGACGCUGAGAACAGGGUGAUAUUGAACGUUGGUGGCAUCCGGCACGAAACAUACAAAGCCACGCUGAAAAAAAUCCCCGCAACCAGACUUUCUCGACUCACGGAAGCGCUUGCAAACUAUGACCCAGUAUUGAACGAGUAUUUCUUUGAUCGGCACCCGGGCGUGUUCGCACAGAUUCUCAACUAUUAUCGCACCGGCAAGUUGCAUUACCCUGUGGACGUAUGCGGUCCGUUGUUUGAGGAGGAGUUGGAAUUUUGGGGACUUGAUGGAAAUCAGGUGGAGCCAUGUUGCUGGAUGACAUACACCGCGCAUCGUGACACACAAGCAACACUACAAAUCCUGGACAAAUACGAAAUGGAUACAGAUGACCAUUUGCCGGAGGAUUUGUAUAAACGCUUCGGUUUGGAGGAGGAGUACGCAUGCAAUGAUCUGACUACAUGGCAGCGAUAUCGACCGAAGGUUUGGGCCAUGUUUGAAAUGCCCCAUUCAUCCAUCGGUGCCAGGAAUUUUUCGAAUUCGUGUAACUGCUAUCAUACGUUUAUUAUUCUUUUAUUUGCUCUACGUUCUUUUCAGUGUGUCGCUCUUCUGUCGAUAUCCUGCAUUAUCUUGUCCAUACUGGCUUAUUGUUUGGACACGGCCCCCACAUUACUCACUCCGACAUUAUACACUCACAUGCAUGCAAUGGAUCGUUGGAAUAACUCGAAUCAACAUGUAAAACUGCAGUCUUUCGACCCUGAACAAACGCCCAAUUUGGAUCAUGUAAAAAUGAACAAUCGAACGUUGUACAACGGAGACCUGUCAAUCACUCGUGACAACAGACAGCACAAAAACAUGAUAUUCAUUUAUAUUGAAUCCAUCUGUAACUUGUGGUUCACCAUAGAACUUUUGAUACGCUUUACCGUGGCGAUGGAUCAGUGCGCAUUCAUUCGUGAUCCAAUCAAUGUGAUUGAUAUUGCCGCCUUGUUAAGUUUCUACACCGAGGUUUGUUUGUAUAAACUACACGCUGCGGAUUUGCCUGCCUCUCCGCUCGUGGAUUUUUUUAGUAUCGUUCGUGUGAUGCGAUUAUUCAAAUUAACUCGACACAUUUCCGGAUUGAAAAUUCUCAUUUUAACAUUCAAGGCCAGUGCAAAAGAAUUCUCUCUGCUCAUAUUUUUCUUGGGAGUAUUUAUUGUGCUUUUUGCCGCAUUAAUCUACUAUGCCGAACGACUGAGCACUAAUCCGCAAAACGACUUUACAUCCAUUCCCAUCGGUCUGUGGUGGGCAAUUGCGACAAUGACAACUGUGGGAUAUGGUGAUAUGGUGCCUAAGUCUUAUGCAGGUAUGAUCGUUGGUGCCAUGUGCGCGGUUACCGGAGUGUUGACAAUUUCACUACCCGUUCCAGUCAUUGUUUCGAAUUUCUCCAUGUUCUACUCACACACAUUAGCACGUUCUAAACUGCCGAAAAAGCGGAGACGCAUUCUUCCAGUCGAAGCCAUUCGUCCAAAACACAAAUCCGGAUUUGCCAGUCACGUACGUCGCGGUACUGAUGGACCAGGCUUGAAUAGUUUGACCAAAAGUAUGGUGCCUUCUGUGGCGGUCAAUUUAAAGACAGCUCAGGCGCUCGCUGGAGCCCGGUUUCGAGGAUUUGAUCUGGACGUUGAUGGGCAACAACCGCUAACGUUGCGCACACGGCGGGCCGCUGUAAUCGGGCUACACAGUGAGGAAAUUUCCUCUGAGAACGAAAUAUCGGAACUGGAUGCAAACGCCAACGUUCAACAGUCGGGAAGUGCUGCCACGCCACUGAUUCCUCGCCAGCCGUGUUUACCUGAAUCUGAUUUGAAUUUUAAUUUGAAAACCAGUCUUGUUUACGAAAGUCCGCUUGACCAAAAUGAUGAUGACGGAGACCCCAUCGUUUCCGGGACGUCAGGGGUUGGAAAUAGUUCACUGUGCAUGAGCCACGUGGAAAUUCCCGGAUCGGUGGACCGUCCGCAAGCAGACUAUCGGGCAUUGCCUUGUCCACGUCUUCCAGAUAAUCUCACCGGGGAUACGGUACCGUUGGUGAACGUGAAUUCGAUUGUACUGAAAGACGAUAGAUCCAACAGAAAAGAAAAUGUCGAGGAUAAAUGUGCUGAUGUUGGUGGUGGUAAUGGUGGGGAAACAAAUCCACUUGCUCAAUCGGAAAGAAUUAAACCUCACUCAAAUCACGUGCGAAAACAAGACAUUGUGUAG